AUGCUGAACAACAGAAUCUUACAACAGUUGCAUAUGCUGCCGUUCAUCUUUGAAAUCACAACACAACAACUGUUUCAAACCGCGGUUUUGCAGAACCAUCUACGUUCACUGGGAACCGCAAACAACAAUCAAUCCUUGUGGAGAGACCGAUCCGUCAGCGCUAAUCGAAACUUUGAAGCGUUUAAGUUCUCCUUGCAGGACAGCGGUAUUUACAAUGAGAUCUACAUGGCGCCCGAUAUCUUCACCGCCAGUAAGAACUUUCCCGAUUUGGGUGGACGGAAUUUCAUGAAAGCUAAAAGUCGAUACCACUGUGAUGAGAAGUGUGAAAGAUCGUCCAAACUCGUUCGUUUCGUGAUGACGGGCGACGAUGCACAAGAGCCACCGAAAGAGUCGGAACGGACAUGGUGGGAUGAAGAGGAAUGGAAACGUGAGGAAAGGUCAAUUUUACCUCCCGACGCUUCAAGGCAUGAUCGACGCAAGGAACUGGAAAAGACUGUGCGUACUGCGCUUCGAGAACUCGACCGAAUGGAUCAGGACGAACUCGAAGGGUCCAGCGAUCCGCCGGAGCAGGAAGAAUUCGAUCAAUUCUUCACCAGCGAACUCCAUUCAGAGUCGAUUUUCUCCGCCAGGCUAAAACGACGAAGUUCUCCUCUGCCACUAACGACGGAGAACUCAGGAACAGCAAGGGAUAUUCUCGGUACAACAAUCGCUCUUGAAUGUCAUAACAAACGUAGCGACCUUCAAUCUGGGUGGGUUCGUGCAUCAUUCAGCAGUUUUUCCCGUCGGCUCAGCGCCUAA